UACGCUGUCUGUAUAUCAUAAAAAGUUAUCAAUCUAUCGAUUUAUAAAAUAUUCUGUUUAACGUGUAUCCAUGGUCCAAAGCAUGUCAAGAUCUUAUUGUUGUGAAAUCGAAGUGCUGAAUCAUCUAAAAUGGCGGGGCUAGUUCGUCCUCGCUGAGUCAUCAAGUAACGGUGAGCGAAUCGACCAAUCAGCGAGAAGACGCGAGGCGCAAAAUACGCAACAAUCCGAGUAUUGCCGAGUUGAUGAAAUCAGUCGUGGAAACAAAUAGUGGAUUAAUUGUCUUCAAAGUUAUUGUUUUGUGAUUCUGAAACUAUACUUGUUUUCUAGGAAAGUAUAGGAUACAGUUUAUUCAAUAUUGGUAGCGGAAAACGGUCACAAUGAGUAAAAAGAUUUUCUUAUCGCAAUGCAAGUCAGAGGCACGGGCCAUGAGGAUGUCAGCCCAGAUAUCGGACGAUGAGCUCGUUGCUAUGACAGUGAAAGAACUGAACAAAUUGUUGAAAGGCUUGCCAAGAGAUGAAACAAUCAAGCUGAAACAGCGUCGUCGCACACUGAAGAAUCGGGGUUACGCUGCCAACUGCAGAGAAAAACGCAUGAGCCAGAAGGAAGAGCUGGAAACUGAAAAGGAAAGGCUGAGAGCAGAGGUGCACAGAUUACAGAGAGAAAACGAUGUGGUCAAGAUGGAACUUACUUCCUUGAAAAACAAAUAUGAUGCUCUGCAACGAUUCGCUGAAGUCAACAGAAUCAAAGUUUUGACCCCACCCAUGUUUUUGACCCCACCUCACUUUGGCCACAGAGAUUCCAUCAUUGUGAAGUCAGAGCCAUCACAGGCAUAGUCUAAAAGAUGGACAGAGUACAGAAUGUGCUGCACAAACUUACAUGCCCUCAUAUUUGGACUCCAUCAAUGCAGUUUUAUGAAACAAUAUUGCCAAAAACAAUGACAAAUUUUUAAACAUCACACAUCACAUAAAACUACAGGAGGGGCAGGACUGAUUUCUUUGAAACAUUCUUUUGCUCGAGUCAAGUCUGUGGGAUAGUUCAUGAUAGACAGGACAAUUGCUGCAGUGGACAGAUACACAUAAUGUGUUCAGUUACUUACUCUUUCUACCAGAGGAAACUCUGGAUCAAGAAAUAUACAUUGUUGUCUGUAUGUAUGUAAUACAUGUAUAUAUACAUUGGAACCAAUAUCAAAAUGUUAGUUUUGAUGGUCUUUUCUUGACGGUUUGACAUUUGUCAAUAACAAAUAUGGUGCUUCUUUCCAGUCAUGUCAUACGAUAGUUUCUCCAUUGACAUAAUCAUAUCAUUUGUUAAGAAAUUAUUUUGCUGAAAUUACAUACAUAUACAAUGUAUACUUAUCUAAAUAUGGUUGUGUCUUCAAUUUUACCCUACUUUUUAUGUUGUGCUGAUUCUUCUUGAAUUAUGAACCUUGUUUUUUUUUUCCUCUUUUGAACAUGGGAGACUUUUAGAAAUCCCCAUCUUAAUUACUGCGUAAUGUCAUCAGGAUCAUUUAUUGAUAGUUUAUUUAUUGUUCAGACAUUAUUAUCACACAGUGAGUCUAUUGAAAUUAUGUAUCAACUAUUUUUAAAAGAUUACAUGCUCCCAUUCCUAAACCUCCACUCAAGGUUUUACCUUUUUUUGAACAGCUUAAAAAUUGGGGUUAAGUGUUUGAACAUGAACUGGAAAUAAUUCUCUAUUCUAUAUUGAGAAAGAUUGUUAAUGUAUUUUAUUCAUCCACACUUAUCUGUAAUCAUUCCAUUCUGUUUUAUAAAGCAAAGAAAUGUCAUUUACAAUAAUGGAUGUUAAAGAAAUUUAUGUAUCUUUAAAUUCAUGUACUUGAAAAGUUCAGCAUGUGAAUGAAAUAGUUCUACUUGGAUGAUUUGAUAAUUAUGCAGGAAUUUCUGACACAUUUACAUUAGUGGCGAGUGUGCUAGACACAGGUGAACUACUUAAAGCCAACUUGCUCACUUAGAAUUUUUCAUUCAAAAUUAUUGCUUAUUUCGUACAUUUAUUAGAAACAUCCGGUACAUCCAAAAUAAAAAGCAAUCCAAAUUUAACAAAAUGCAUUUCAAAAUCAUGUAAAAUGAUAUGUGCCAAAUGUUGAUGUAUUCAGAAUGUAGUGAAAUUGAGGGUAUGUAGUUUUCAAAAUCAUCCAAGUUAAUCCCAUUUAAUUAGGUCGUGCAGGGUAAGGUAGUAUUGUAUAAUUAUAUUCAUCUAUGGUCACAUGCUAGAGAAAUAUACGAGUAAGUCAGACUCUCUCACAGACAAAUGCCCUUCACAUUACAUCAAAUAAAUACAAAGAAAAUGCACAUUCUGGCAUUAUGUAAGUAAUGGCAAAUCUUAAACUGGUAAUUAUAUUUUUUUCCUUAGAAAGGGGUCAAGAUGUUUGUUUUUAAAUAAAAUCAGUUGUGAUGAUAAGCUACUUUCUUUUGGGUUGAGUAUUGAAACACAAACUGAAAGUAUGGGAAAGCUUGACCAGUUUUUAUUUUUAGCCAAAUUCCAUAAGGAUUAUUUUUGGAAAGUGACUAAUUAUGGAAGUUGAAUAGUCAUUUAAGGUGUAAUCAAGGUAGUCUGUGUAUUGUUGAAGUGCUAUAAGAGAUCUAUGUAUUUCUUUUGUACAUAAUAUAUUAUACAGUAUAUUGAUGUUCAUUAUCAGAGUUCAUUGGAGCAUGAUAGUCUUAAAUGUUUAUAUUAUCUUCCUUUGGAUCUCCUCAAUAGUUGCGUUGUCUUUAAUGCAUCAAAACACUCACAAAGGUGUUUUAAAGCUCAUAAACUGGGCUUUAAUUUGGCAUUUCUUUGAGUAUGAUAAUUAGUUUAAUUAGAUUGGAUGAUAAGAUUCUCUUACUAAAUGAGUAUUUUAUGUGAAUAUUAAGAUGUACCUUUUGGAAUUUAUAAUGAAAUGAUUGUCUAAUUAACAAUUCAAGGAUGAAAAAUUUAACCCUUCAAAAUGCAAAAAUGUAAAAUCAAGUUUUUACUGAACAUAUAAAAUUUUACAGAAAAGAAUACAACUGUUUUGUCAAAGACAGUUUUUCUAUUGAGUUGAUCCAGAGGGUAUUUUUAUUGUUUUGAUUCCUCUAUUUUAUCUUCAUUUCUUUGUUAUGAAUGAGUUUGAAGAUGACUUGUAAAGUUAUCAAAAUUUGUUAAUUUUACAAACAUCUUGUUGAUUGCCGUCCAUUUCUGUAAAUAAAUUUAUUGAUUUGUUUUUGUUUUGCAUAAGUUCAUUUACAUGUAUAACAGUAUGUUUUUUUCCCCAAGAAAGUACUAAAGGUGUACACUGUUCAAAAUGAUUUGUGAAGUCAUACAAAAUAUUCAUCAUUGGGUGGAUCUGUUUUUUUAGAACUUUUUUUUUGCUACCUUUGUGGUAUAUUUUGAAAUAACUUUUUAAGGAUAAUUUAAGUAAAAUAUUGAUGAAGUAGGCGUAGGCAAGCCAACGGUGUGGUCUUAACAUUUUUGUCUUUUAUUGUGGGGUUUGGGAGGAUUGUCCAAGUAUGUGACCACUCAUGCAGAUUAACCAUAACAUUCCCAUCGCGUGAUAAUACGAAGUGUCCAUGAUCUAUUUAGAAAAUUAAAUGAAUUAGACAUGUAAGCUCUUGAUUGAAUUCCGCUAGUCAGGUCUGUGCAGGUAGUACAGAUAAAAUCCACUUACAGGUGUUAUGUCCAGAGACAAGGAAGUCCCUGGAUGCUUUCUGUUAUCAAUGGGGGCCCUCUGUUAUUAUGCAUGCAUAAAGCUGUGACGCAUUUAUUAUUGUGACAGUUGUUGGAAAUAUGUAAAACAAACAGAUAUAAUUAUUUUGAUAAGGUAUUUCCUUGUAACUACGUGUUCAAGAUUUUGUGAACUUUUCUGAAAAAAAUGCAAACAUAGAAGAAAAAAUACGUAGUUUAAAGUAUGACAUUUAAAUCUAGAGCUCCAAUUUAUUCUUGUCUUACUAAAGUUUCCCCCCAUCUUUUAUUUAGUGAGUUCGUUCAUACCUGUAUAGACUUGUGGAAUGCGUAGCUGGGGUUGUAUUUUAUAUAAUAAGGUAUACCAUCCACGGGUAUAACUUAACUGUUCAGAUAGAAAGAGGCCAUCCCCUUCUCCAAAGAUCUAUUGAAAACUAUAAGGGUCUUGGUAAAUGUCAUUUAAAUUUAUUCAAAAUUACAUAUUGAUGAUGCGUAUAUCACAUGCUUCUGAUUCUAGAUUUGCCAUGUCAGCAUUUUUAGAAAGUCGGUUAGUACCGGAACUUUUUAUAUAACAGGGCUGGGUGAAUAGGAUGUGUAUUGCUUUAAUGACAUGUUCUCGUAACAUGGCGUCUGGUUUACUGUCACCACUUAGAUGGCUUGUUGAAUGCUCUACACAUAAACAUUAAAAAACUUGUAAUAAAAAAGUUCUAAAAUUCGAUCCACUCAAUGUGUAAAUGUACUCUCUCAACAUUUAAGUCUAUGUUUUGUCCAUUUCGGAAUUCGCAACAAGUUGAGAAUGAAAUUUUCUUUCUAUUCUUCACGUUUCUACCUCUAUGGCUGUUUUUAGAAUAUUUUACUUUCUUUGGGAAAAGUUUAUUUACCCUGAUUGUAACUUUAUCGUUUUGACAGUUAUUGUAUAUUCUGUUAAGGGUGUCAUGUAGUACGUGUCGACAACGAUGUGAAUCGCUUGUGUAUAUAACAAAUAUUGUUAUUUAUGUUGUGAUGAGGUUUGACAUUCCAGAAGGUACUAGUGCAUUGACACAUGUUUGGGAACAUUCUUCGGUCUUAUUUUUUUUUAGAGAUGUUUAAGCGCUUUUUAUUAGUGAUGAUCUUUUUGGACUAUGGAUCCUGUCAGAGGGUAUAUGCUGUACCUUUUGACUGUUAACGGGUCUACCAUGACAGACAGGUUUUGUUACACGAAGGGAAGAAAUCUCAACAUUGUACAAUACACGUUGAAUUCAAAAUCGAAAGGCAAAAUGCAACUAGCACCACUUUUUGAAAACUUUGGGAUUGAGCAUAAUAAGGUGUACGUUGAGAAUUCUUUCUGCCUUUGAGCUGUUUGUUGCUUACUUUCUGUUUUUAUCUUGAUGACCUUUUCAGUCGUCAUGUUAUGUAGUUAUGAUUGAUAUGUUAUUCCAAGACACUGGACAAACGACAUGUACACGUUCUGUUAAUUGUUUUGACUCAUGGAUUGGAAUUUUCUAUUUUUUGUACUCCGGACAAAGCUUCUUUUGGACUCUCGGAAAUUACCCCUUGCCCUUUUAACUUGUGAUGUAAUGCAUGUUUGUUCUUUGUCUUGGAAUGGACGUUGGUGCAAUAGAAUGUAGAAAGGCGUGGUCAUUAGGCAGCUCUCUUCUAACUAACCUGUCCUUGUCUAAUAUUGUGUAAUUCUCUCAACAUUGACAAAUAGCUUUUGCUAUUUUAGAAUUUUGGUUAAGAAAUUUUCUUUUGCCAUUUCUUUUAGUAUUUAUGAUGCUAGGUCUUUGUAUUUUUGUUUGAGAAAGUACUGUGUUGCCCUUGUUUCUACAAAACAAGUGUUGAAAGUUCCAUGUAAAUGAACAGAUAUUUUGAACAAAAUCCCUUGGAAAAAGUACCAAAAAUAUUUUAUUUAUUAACGUAAAUUGAAAAGGUCAUGCAAUUCCUGAUUCAAGUUCAAGGGAUUCUGUUAUUCAGUUGUAAAUAUAAUUCCAUAACAAUUACACCCGAAUUCAUUAUAUCAUUUCAACGAAAUUUAAUGUGUACAAAACGAAAAGGAUCACUGUAAAUUGCUCUGCAAACCACGUAAUAAAACAUUGAAAAAGUUU